GAAGCCCUGAGGAGACAGUAGAUUGCCGGAUAAAUCACAUCAAUUUCUCAAUGGAUUUUAUAUUGUUUAUCUUUUUGUCUGGGGUUUUUCUCCCAGACAUUAGCGAUCUACAGUUUCAUGUAGAACAGGAAUCUAACGUGAUGCCUUCAGAUGAAGAACAGUACUAUUCAGAUGAUGAAAAUCUGGCCAAUAAUAAUGCUCCUGUUCGUGAAGAUGAAAAAAAUAUGGAUGCUAAUCCUGUUUUACAUAAAUCAGAAGAAAAUGCAGAUAAUACUCCUGCUAAUGAGAAAACUGGCAAUUAUUACAAAGAUAUAAAACAAUAUGUGUUUACCACACAAAAUACGAAUGGCACGGAGUCUGAAAUAUCUGUGAGUGCCACAACUGACCUGAAGUUUGCUCUGAAGAACUAUAAACUCAUCAAUGCAACUACAGCUGAAAAAUCUAUCAAUGAAGAUGAAGACAAAUCUAAUGAACCCUCUCGUAAAAAUAUACAAACAUCAACCCCCAAUGUGCCUGCAUUUUGGACAAUGUUAGCUAAAGCUAUAAAUGGGACAUCAGUGAGCAUGGAUGAUAAAGAUCUAUUCUUCCAACCAAUUCCAGGCUCUGAUUUGAACACUACCAAUGAAGACAAACUGUCAGAGCUAGAGGAAAUCAAGCUCAAAUUAAUGCUGGGAAUCUCACUGAUGACCCUUAUCCUCUUAAUUCCCCUCUUGAUAUUUUGUUUUGCUACACUGUACAAACUGAGACACCUAAGUGACAAAAGUUAUGUCAGUCAAUACACUGUCAACCCAGAGCUGGCAACUCUGUCUUAUUUCCACCCAUCAGAAGGUGUAUCUGAUACAUCUUUUUCGAAAAGUGCAGAGAGCAGCUCAUAUUGGGGCAACACUUCUUCAGAGUUGAGGCGACCCAGCACCCAAAAGUCAAAAUCUAAAUCUACGGAUUAUCCUGGAAGCUCCCAUCAAACAGUCUUAACCGAGGAGCCAGCAACUUUCUUAACUCCUACCAAGCAUUCAUCCUUCCUUCCUCCCGAGGAGGAAACAACCUUCCUUUCUCCCGAUGAAACAGCAGCCUUUCUCUCUCCUGAGCAGUUGGAUGAGCAACUGGACAAUGAGGAUAUCCCUAUUGAGGAAAUGAAUGAGGUGCCCAUGGUUGAUGAGGAAUUCGCUGAGACACCUAUUAAUGAGGAAGAAAUACUCACUGAGUAA